GCCCGCCCCUCCAUACACCGCCGUCCUUCCAAUGGAUCCUCGGCACCACUAUUCUGCGCUUUAAUUCAAUCAUCCGCAGCGCUGCUCCGAUAAGCAGUAGGAAGCAACAUGGACACUGAAUUGUUUAUGGAGUGUGAGGAGGAGGAGCUGGAGCCAUGGCAACAGGUGGAUGACUUUGUGGAAGAGGAAGAGGUAGAAUUCAUUGAUGCCCACUAUGAUCCCGUGGAGGAUUCUUCCUCUCGUCUCCCAGUACCAGAGACUCCGUCGCCCACAACCCACCCUACACCACGAGUUCCAUUUUCACUAGCGCAGACCAGCUCAGCUCCAGCACCCCCUCCUCCCCCUGUUGUUGCCAACAUCCCCCGGCCCCUAGCCACCAGUGUGACGCCAUCUGGCCCCCAGGCCCAGCCCCUUAUUCUGACCCGGACUCCCGCUGGAACCUUCCUGCUAUCCACAGGCCCUGGACCUGGAACCAGCCAACCCAUCCUGCUCACCACCCAGGGUUUUCCUGUCCAGAACAUGAGGCCGGUGUUGAACCCCCUACCUCAGCUGGUUCUGAACUUCCAGCCGGGCCAAACCAUGCAGCCUGUUACCCUGAUCCAGCCGCCCCCAUUGGGACAAUUGGUACGACCUGGUUUAGGGGUUCCUCAAGUCCUCCCUCAAGGCUCAAUUGUCCAGACCAGACCUGGUACCACUACCCCAGUGGGCCUCAACCAGCUCGGCUCCAGUUACACAACCCUACAGAUCCCCUCAACUCUCACCAUCCGCACCAGUGGAUCAGGCUCCACCCCAGUUGUCCGAGGGACUUCCCCAAGUGUCCAACUUAGCUCUGCCCACAACCUCACCCUGCAGGGCCUUGCAGUCAACCUCCAGAAAACCCAGAUAGCUGAAGUUAAUCCCCAGAAGUUGGCCAGCUGCCCUACCCUCCCUUCUGGCUCGACCAAUGGAUUCAACAAAGCUACACCCACCCUGUCCAAAAGUGUCCCUGAGAACCCCCUCUCUGCCCCAACAUCUGGAGUGAACCCUGCACCUACCAAGGUGGUGAUGACUGUGGAGGAAUUCUACUAUGGGACCUUUGAUGGGAGCCUCCGGCUGAGGGGCCCCGAGGCCCUUGGGACCAAAUUCCUCACCUUCACAUGUCAGAUCUGCUCCCACCAGGCUGAGGACAAUCUGAGGACUGCAACGGAGCUCCAUAAGAAAGACGGAGAAGUACAAGUCAGUACGUUGCUAUAUUCGUUGGGCAAAAAGGCUGAACAAGUCUACAAGACGUUCACGUUCGGAGCGGAUGAAAAGGAAGAUGAUUAUGAAACGGUGUUACAGAAACUAGAAAAUUAUUUUGUGCCCAAAGUCAAUGUUAUUCACCAACGCGCCAAGUUUCACCAGCGGAUCCAAAGGCAGGUGAAAAAGGAGCUGGACAGGAUGGUUAAAAGUGGCGUGACAGAGGAGAUCCAAGAGCCAACACCUUGGUGUGCAGCCAUGGUUCCUGUCCCAAAGAAGAAUGGAGAGGUGAGAAUCUGUGUUGACCUCAAGCAACUUAAUAAGGUGGUCAAAAGAAAGAAGUACGUCCUACCUACCAUGGACGACAUUCUUCCAGAGCUAGCCAAUGCACAGGUGUUCUCACUCUUAGAUGCAGCCAGUGGCUUCUGGCAACUGCCACUAGAUGAAGAAAUCGCCAAGCUCACUACUUUCAUCACACCGUUUGGAAGGUACUUUUUCCAUCGGGUCCCAUUCGGUAUUACUAGUGCUCCAGAAAUAUUCCAACGAGAAAUGUCAAAGGUCCUGCAGCACCAGGAAGGCGUCGUCGUCUUCAUGGAUGACAUCCUGGUAUAUGCAAACACGCCAGAGGAACACGAGCAAAGACUUCAGAACACGCUCCAGACGCUCGAAGAGGCAGGAUUACAGCUCAACAACGAGAAAUGUCUCCUGCGCCAGACACAGCUCCGCUACCUAGGACACAUCAUAGACAAGGAUGGGGUCCGCCCAGACACAGCGAAGGUUGAGGCCAUCACACAGCUGGGGCCACCAAGAAACACCACAGAACUCAGACGGGUGCUAGGGAUGGUCCACUACCUGGGCAGGUACCUUCCACAUCUAUCAGAAGUGACAAAACCACUCAAUGACCUACUGAGAGGAGACACGGCAUGGGUCUGGAGUGCAGUACAAGACGAGGCCUUCAGAAAGGUGAAGCUGCUCAUCUCAGAAGCAACAGUGUUAGCCUUCUAUGAUACCACCAAGCCCACAAUAGUCAGUGCUGAUGCUAGUAGCCACGGCCUAGGGGGGGUUUUACUACAGGACCACGAUGGACAGUUAAAGCCAGUGGCAUAUUGCUCACGAACCCUCAUGGACACAGAUAGCUUUACCCUUCACACAGACCAUAAACCACUCGUACCACUGUUCAACAACAAAGACCUUGAUUCAGUGCCGUUACGCUGUCAGAGACUACUUAUGAGGAUGAUGCGGUUCAAUCCAACGGCAGAGUAUGUUCCAGGCAAGCUGCUGGUUGUUGCUGACACUCUCUCCAGACAUCCAAGACCGGCAGUCACCCAAGAGAUCGCAGAGCUCAUCAGCGACAUCGGGGCACUUGAGGAGGCAGUCCACACUACGUGGCCCAUAUCACCCACAAAGCUAGACAUGGUCAAAGAGCAGACCGAGCAAGAUGAGGAACUACAGAUGGUGAAGCAGAUGAUGCAGCACAUGCUCCAGCACUCUGAAUUCGGGGAGGUGGGCGGAGAGGUGGAAGGCUGCUGUAAACACUGCUACCGCCUUUUCUCCUCCCCCACUCAGCUCGCCACUCACCAGGCACAGGUCCACGGCCCCACACUCUCCUCCUGUAUAUGCAUGAUCUGUGAGUGGGCGUUUGAGAAUGAUUCUGCCUUCCUAAACCACAUGAAGUCCAACCACAAGCCAGGAGAGAUGCCUUACGUCUGCCAGGUGUGUUCCUAUCGCUCCUCAUUCUACUCGGACCUCUACCAACACUUCCUGGCCUGUCACCAUGGCAGCCGCUACCUUCUGUGUGUCUUCUGUCUGAGAGUGACACGAAACCCUGUCUUCUACCAGCAACACAUCCUCCGACACAAGGUACACCAGGCUUUUCACUGUAACAAGUGCCGUCUUCAGUUUCUCUACCUGAAAGAUAAGAUGGAGCACAAACUUCAGUACCAUCGCAGCUUCCGCCGUCCCACCCAGCUUGAGGGCCUUCCUUCAGGGACAAAGGUCACCAUCAGGACGUCAGGGAAGACCAGGGUCCAGAUGCUGCCAGCAGAGAGCUACUUUCCAAGCCCUGCCCCCCUACUCAUCCAUCUAACCAACCCCGAGAAGGAGGCCCAGAAACCACCUCUGCUGCCCAAGCUAAUAAAAGACACUCCCAAGAAAUCCGUCAGCAGGAAGGUCCACGUCAAGAGCAGGGAGUGUUAUGACAUACAACUGUGUAUGGAAUGCAGUACAGAUGCCUCAGACCUGACAAACCACUUCCCUACACAUGUCCAUUGUCUGCUGUGUCCCUAUGGAACCUGCUGUUCUAGAGCAUACGCAUCCCACAUGGUCGACAAUCACGUACCUCGUUGUAAAGACAAAGGACCGCCACUGCACAGGCAGCCUCCUCCCUGCCCCUUCCAGCUGCAGUGUUCAUGGUGUGACUUUGUCUCUCGGACUGCAGACCAGAUGGCAGAACAUCUGCAGCUGAACCCAGAGCAUGGCUCCAGUACCUGUCGGCUCAAGAUAUCUGAGGAACCAGACCUUCAGUUCUUCCAGGAAGAAGAAGAGAAAGAUAGAGACUUGGGUCCACAUGAUAACCUUCCAGAACCAUCUUGGACUUUAGCGGAGCACUGGAAGGAGGCUACAGAGAGCACUUUCACUGCUAAGAUGUUCACACAGAGCAGUGGACCUUGCCAUUACCUCCCUAGGAACAGCGACGCCAUUGACUACUUCAACUUGCUCUUCCCCUCCUCCCUGAUGAAAUUGAUCACCAAUGAAACUAACGCCCAUGCCAAGACCUGCCUAUUCUUGGGCACUGGCUCCCCAGGCUGGACCCCGGUCACUGAGCAUGAGAUCAGAGGUUUCAUGGGCCUGGUCAUUCUGAUGGGGAUCAAGAACCUCCCCGAUCCAGCACACUACUGGUCCUGGACUCACCAUGACAACAGCUACACAUUCUACCGUGCCAUGAGUUUCAAACGCUUCAAACAGAUUGCCGCCAACAUCCGCAUGGGCAGUUUCAUCACCGAUGAGUAUCGUGACAACAUUAACCCCAGCGAUACGCUACACAUCUUCAGGCCAAUGCUGGACAUCUUGAGCAGCGCCAUGUGGGAUGCUUACCAACCCAACUGCUGUCUGACUGUCGAUAGAGCACUGCUGCCGGGCCUGGAGGAGGGGCAACCAAUCAAGGGGAAUCCAAAGACCCAACCUCAGGUCUGGCUGCUCUGUGACUCCAAGUCUGGCUAUUGCCACAGGUUCUCCAUCCAGAUGGGAGAGAGGAGGCACGAAGAGCUUGGCUUCAGGGUGGUGCCCCCACUGGUGGAGGGUCUGCAGGAGAAGCAUCACCAGCUGUACCUGGCAAGCUCACUGGCCUCAGUGCCUCUCAUGCAGAAACUUCUGGACCAGGGCAUCUAUGCCUCCAGCUCCUUUCCCCCCCAGAGUCCCAUCCUGCCCAGGGAGCUGUGGCAGGAAGGCACGCUGGACAAAGCAGGGGACUUCCUGCAAAGACAGUUUGGCCCCUUGCUGACCACCCGCUGGAAAGAUGCCAAGGAGAUGGGUUGCCUGUCAACCAAUGCUGCACCCCGGCAAACUGACACAGUGUGGAGAAGAUCUCAGUCAAAACCAGGCGAGCUGGACCCCAUCCAGCGCCCCAUGGCCUUCCGCCUCCUGCAGGAGAACAUGCGAGGAGUCGACAUCUGCAAGCAGCUGCUGGCCUGCAACCCGCUGGGAGGAGUUCCACUGGACCGACACUGGCGUACUCUCUUCUGGUUCUUGGUCAACCUGAGCAUUGUUAACGCCUUCAUUGUGCUGCGGGAGAGCCGCAAAGACAACCCUCCCUCCUGGGUGCAGGACAACCUCUUCUCCCAGGUCAACUUUCGCAAGCGGCUGGGGAACCAGCUGGCCAAGUGUGCCCAGAAAUACUUUGAGAACGUGGAGAUUGCUGUUUCUCGUGGCAUGAGGGGUGAGAAAGUUGACGAGCCAGUGAAAGAUAGACAUAAGAUGGGGAAGAUCAGCAUUAUCUCCAAGAGAUGCAAGAACUGCAACUUGAGGAACAUUCGCCAUGAGAGUGUGUAUGGUUGCGUUAUCUGCAGAGCAAACCUGUGUAAGCAGCCAAACUGCUUCUGGGAAUAUCACGGCAUGUCCCCUGUCAACAAAGGAUCAAUCAAAAUUGGAUUUAUCAGAGACAGAAUAAGUGGGGAAAUCGAGCUGGAUGAUAAUCCUGACAACAUUGGUGACGCAAUGGCCCCAGUAGAGGACCUGGACUUCUCUGAUGAUGAGAAAAUGGAUGAUUUGGAUGAGGUUCUGGCGACUGAAUCAACUCAGGAGGCAGAAGAAGAAACCAUGGAAGAAGUUAAGCAUUCCACAAUUCAGCUGACAUCAACCAGCCAUCAGGGGACAGUUUCCCCAUUGGUCAGAGACCGUGAAGAUGCCCUUACCGCCCGCCAGCUGAGGAUCUCCCUGUUCACUCUGUGUGGUGGAAUACGCCAGGCCUGUGAGGACUUCAACAUCCAACCACAGCUCAUCCACACCUGGCUCAAGGAGGAAAAGAGACGGUUGAAGCAAAUGAAGUCUGAUCAGGACCCCCAGGCAGAGGGGGAGCAGCUGAUGGUGGAGUGGGUGUUGGCCAUGCGGGAGCAGCAGCUCCCUAUAAGUGAGAACAACCUCUUCCAAAGAGCCGCCAUGUUCAGAAAGAAAGGAGCUUUUAGCGACUCAUUCCGGAUCUCCUAUGACUGGGCAGUGAGCUUUAUGCUGCGACACCGCCUGGGCUUGCAGAGCCCCGGGAGGAGCUCCACACUGAGCCAAGUUCUGCCCCAAGCCAUGGAGUACAAAGCCGAACAUUUUACUGAGUUUACCCAGAAGCUCAUCCAAGUCCACAAACUUCCAGAGGGUGCUAUAGCUGCCAUGGAUGAACUCUGUGUCUUUAUGGACUUCAGCAUGAUGGAGGGCAGCUCUAGUAUAGCUCAGCGAGCUGAAGCCCUGAAGAUGUUUGGUUCUUUUCCUCCUCUGCUCACCGUCUACCUGACAGUGCUUGCCAAUGGCACCAUACUACCAGCACUGCUGUUAGUGAAGGGUCAGUUGACUGACUAUGUCUGGCCAGACUCUGUCCUGCUAGAGUCCAUCUCAGAUAGGUUCUCCUUGGAGCAAGCGUUGGAGCUUUGGACAAAAAAGAUCUGGCAGCAACAUUUGCCUGAUCUGAGCCAGUCCAGAAAAAACAUUUUGAUUGUGGACAAACACCGGGAACACUUGGCAAACCCAUUUCUUGCUGCUCUCAGCAUGUCAGGCACCCUCCCAGCAGUGAUCCCUGCUGGCUGUGCCUUCCGUCUUCAGCCACUGGAUGUCUGCUUUCGGCCUGUGCUGCAGCGCUUCCUCCUCACCCGCUGGGCAAAGUUCACUGCUGAAAACAAACAGGAAGCUAUGCCACUGGAGAAACUCCAAAUGACUGUCACCCACCUCCUUGUUGACUGGCUGGUGGAGGCCAUGAACUGCCUGAAAAACCAACCCCAAUUCCUGAAGGAGUCUUUCUACCUGGCAGGUGUCUUUCCAGGGAAGAAUGGGGAGGAGGAUACUCAAAGCCCUUCAGAGAAGCAGUCCCAGCUCCUUAGCAGCCUGGCAGAGGUCCUGCUGGGUCCUGAGGCCCUGGAGCUCGAGUCACCUGACCAACUGGAGGUAGAAGACCAACCAGAAACACAGGCGAGCAAGGACAUUGGAGAGGCUGCAGUCCAAACACAGGAGAAUAAGAGGGAAGGAGACACGGAGAUGGUAGAGGAUAGAAAGGAAAGAGACAAGGAGAUUGUAGAGGAUAGAGAAGAAGGAGAUAAGGAGAUGGUAGAAGAUAGGGUAGAAGGAGACAAGGAGAUGGCAGAAGAUAGGAAAGAAGGAGACAAGGAGAUGGUAGAGGAUAGGAAAGAAGGAGAGAAGGAGAUGGUAGAAGAUAGGAGAGAAGGAGACAAGGAGAUGGCAGAGGAUAGGAAAGAAGGAGACAAGGAGAUGGUAGAGUAUAGGAAAGAAGGAGAUCAGGAAAUGGUAGAGGAUAGAAAGGAAUGAUAUGCGGACACGGCAGAAGAUAGAAAGAAAAGAGACAAGGAGACAGUAGAGAAUAGAAAAGGGGGACAAGUACAAUAGAUGAUAGGAAAUAAGGCGAAAAGGAGCUGGUAGAGGAUGGAAAGGAAAGAGACAUCUGAGCCCAAACCAUAGAGAGGAGAAGUAGGGUGAGAGGAGAGGUUAUGAAGGUGGAUGAGACACAA